GGCAAGUGUUCGUUUUCGUCUCCCUUCAGCUGCUUCAGUGCAUCAACAGAAGCGCGUCUUUCCCGUUCUCCAGUGUAUCAACACUGCUGAUACCCUCAAUCGCGUCAUCGCUUGAGAUUCGCCACCUCAAUCGCGGCGAUCCUAACGGGAACCGAGCAGGGCUGGUAUCUGCAUGAGCAGCGUCGUUUCCCACGAAUCCAAUGGAGCGGCAGAAGAUGAUCGCCGGCCUCCUCAGGGCAAGCGCGAGAAGCUCGUCGCUCCGCGGCGGCGUCCAGCUGCACGGCGCCAUAACGAAGAUGGGGUUCGGAUCGGACACCAUGCUGGGCAACAACCUGAUCGACAUGUACGUCAAGUGCGGGGAGCUGGACCUGGCGUGCGAGGUGUUCGGCGGAAUGCGCGACAGGAACGUGGUCUCCUGGACGGCGCUCAUGGUGGGCUUCCUGCGGCACGGCGACGCCACGGGCUGCCUCAGGCUGCUCGGCGAGAUGCGGACCGCCUCCGAGGCGGCGCCGAACGAGUACACGCUCUCCGCGAGCCUCAAGGCCUGCUGCGUCGUCGGUGACACGGCUGCGGGCGUCGGGAUCCACGGGCUCUGCGUCCGGGCAGGGUACCAGGAGCACGACGUCGUCGCCAGCUCGCUGGUGCUCGUCUACUCCAAGGGCGGGAGGAUCGGCGACGCGCGGCGUGUGUUUGACGGCGCCGGGCUCGGGAGUGGCAUCGCCACCUGGAACGCCAUGGUCUCCGGGUACGCGCACGCCGGCCACGGCAGGGACGCGCUGCUCGUGUUCCGGGAGAUGCGGCGGCAUGAGGGUCAGCAUCAGCCUGACGAGUUCACCUUUGCCAGCCUGCUCAAAGCCUGCAGCGGUCUUGGCGCGACACGCGAGGGCGCGCAGGUUCACGCGGCCAUGACGGCAAGCGGGUUCUCGACGGCCUCCAACGCUAUCCUCGCCGGCGCGCUGGUCGACAUGUACGUCAAAUGCCGGCGCUUGCCGGUGGCGAUGCAAGUGUUCGAGAGGCUGGAGCGGAAGAACGUCAUCCAGUGGACGGCGGUGGUCGUCGGGCACGCGCAGGAGGGGCAGGUGACGGAGGCGCUGGAGCUGUUCCGGCGGUUCUGGCGCUCCGGCGCCCGACCCGAUUCCCACGUUCUGUCCAGCGUCGUCGGCGUGCUCGCGGACUUCGCGCUAGUCGAGCAGGGCAGGCAGGUGCACUGCUACGGCAUCAAGGACCCGACCGGGACGGACGUGUCCGCGGGCAACUCCAUCGUCGACAUGUACCUCAAGUGCGGGCUGCCCGACGAGGCGGAGCGGAUGUUCCGGGAGAUGCGGGCGCCGAACGUCGUCUCGUGGACGACGAUGGUCAAUGGCCUCGGGAAGCACGGGCUUGGCCGUGAAGCCGUCGCCUUGUUCGAGGAAAUGCGAGCGGGAGGCGUGGAGCCCGACGAGGUGACCUACCUGGCGCUGCUGUCGGCGUGCAGCCACGCCGGCCUAGUCGACGAGUGCCGCCGGUAUUUCUCCUGCAUCCGGCGGGACCGGACGGUGAGGCCGAAAGCGGAGCACUACGCGUGCAUGGUCGACCUCCUCGGCCGCGCCGGGGAGCUCAGGGAGGCGAGGGACCUCAUCCGGACGAUGCCGAUGGAGCCGACCGUCGGCGUAUGGCAGACCCUCCUGAGCGCGUGCAGGGUGCACAAGGACGUCGCCGUCGGCAGGGAGGCAGGCGACGUCCUCCUGGCCAUGGACGGCGACAACCCGGUGAACUACGUCACGCUGUCCAACGUCCUCGCGGAGGCGGGGGAGUGGCGCGAGUGCCACAAGGUGAGGGACGCCAUGAGGCGCAGGGGGCUCAAGAAGCAGGGCGGGUGCAGUUGGGUGGAGGUCGGCAAGGAGGUGCACUUCUUCUACGGCGGCGGCGGUGAAGAGGAGACGCACCCGCAGGCCGGCGACAUCCGCCGCGUCCUGAGGGACAUGGAGACGAGGAUGCGGGAGCAGCUUGGGUACAACGCCGACGACGCGCGCUUCGCUCUGCACGACGUCGACGAGGAGUCCCGAGCGGAGAGCCUGAGGGCGCACAGCGAGAGGCUCGCCGUCGGCCUGUGGCUGCUGCGCAACGGCGUAGACGGCGGCGGGCACGGGGAGCCGAUCAGGGUGUACAAGAACCUGCGGGUGUGCGGGGACUGCCACGAGUUCUUCAAGGGGCUGUCGGCCGUCGUGAGGAGGGCGCUAGUAGUCAGAGACGCCAACAGGUUCCACAGGUUUGAGCAUGGCUCCUGCUCGUGCAAGGACUACUGGUGAUGGCGUCAUGCCAUGGCGACCCUGCCAGUUCGCUUUGCUAGCAGUAGACUAGCCAUCUCUGCCCAGUUGUUGUUGUUGUUGUCACUUCACAGUGUAGACUAGUCAUCAAGAAUUUUUGGUCAUGUGUAUCGAACAGCACAACAGAUAAAUCAGCUCCGAUAAGAUUAUUGACUC